AUGCCAAUUUCAAUAACUGAAAUUUCACGUUCAAAGACUAUAAUAGCAAAGGACGCAAAAGACAUAGCAGUCUAUGCUCUAACUGCAGCCUUUUCUUAUUUGGCUUGAAAAAUAAUUUCCAAAAAGGUCAUCCCUUGUAUGUUUUCAAAACUAUUUGAUCGCCUCAAAGCUUUAUCAACUGAAACAUUAGGAUUAACAAAAAGAUAUGGAGAAAACAGCUGGGCCUUUAUUACUGAUGGUUCAAAUUCUCUUGGAAAAAGCUUUAUUCAUGAGCUUGCUAGAGAGGGUUUCAACAUCAUAGCAAUAGUAAAAGACAAUAACGAGUCAGCUUCUGACUAUAAAAAUUCGAUUACAGAAAAAUUCAAUAUUGCCUAUGAAAUAAUCCAAGCUGACCUUUCGUUACCAAACUCAUAUGAAAAUAUAGUAAACAUCAUUGAAGAAAAAAAUAUCAAUAUUUCUAUGUUAGUAAACAAUACUGUUUAUUAUAAUCCCUCAUCAUUUAGGAAAUUAGAAAAUGAAGAUAUAUUUAAGUCAAUCAAAUUAAACUGCUUGCUACCUAUCCUACUCGAAAAUUACUUUUUAAAAAUAUUUGAGCGAAGAAACCAUAAAUCAGCAAUCAUAAACAUUUGUGACAACUGAAAAUCAAAUGCAAUUUUUAAAUCUUCUAUAAUAGAUACUGCAAGUAAACGGUAUAGCAUUUAAUAGUAAAUAAGGAUGUUUUGGGGAUAUUUUUGGCUAAAUUAUAAUUGAAAUAAAUAGGAUACUUGAGAGAUUAUACUCUAAAUAGCCUGAAUAAUGAAAAAAUUGAUAUUUUGUGCUAUGAGCCAGAUUUGCCAUAUAUGCAAAUUAUCCAUAACGGUAUUACUGUAAAGGUGAACUAUGGGCAAAGUUCCGUAAGCGGAGUUCUAUACGAUCUAGGUAAAAAGUCCAAAACUGAUGGAAAAUCCCACAAAAGAUGGGAAAUCACAAUAACUGAACAAAGACAGAAUUAG